GAAUAAAAAACACCGGGUGGAACCGGAGCGAGCGAGAGCGGAGCGCGCGCCGGGCGGGGUUUAGAUACUAGAGAAAUAAGUCCUCACGUGUUGCAAUGGCUCCCACACUUGCUACUGCGCAUCGGCGGCGCUGGUGGAUGGCAUGCACAGCUGUUGUAGAGAAUCUUCUCUUCUCUGCUGUUCUUCUGGGCUGGGCAUCACUGCUCAUCAUGCUGAAAUCCGAAGGAUUUUACUCCUACCUAUGUCAUGAACCAGAGAAUGUUACCACCAGCUCUGCACAUGGCAACAGGACAGAGCAGGAAGCUGUGAUUCGGAUCAAUGGGUGGCUCAUCUGCCCGGAGCAGGAUGAAAUGUUGAACCUGGCUUUUACCGUUGGAUCCUUCUUGCUGAGUGCAAUCACUCUGCCUCUUGGGAUUGUCAUGGACAAAUAUGGCCCUCGCAAACUGCGUCUGCUUGGCAGUGCCUGCUUUGCUGUGUCCUGUGUGAUGAUUGCAUAUGGAGCUAGUAACCCAAAUUCACUGUCAGUGCUGAUCUUCAUCUCACUGUCUCUGAAUGGCUUUGGUGGAAUGUGCAUGACCUUUACCUCACUUACGCUGCCCAACAUGUUUGGUGAUCUUCGUUCCACGUUCAUUGCUCUGAUGAUUGGCUCCUACGCUUCCUCAGCUGUCACUUUUCCUGGAAUCAAGGUUAUAUAUGACUUUGGUGUCUCUUUCAUCCUCAUUCUGAUUGUCUGGGCAUCCUGUGCAGGACUAGUUUUCUUCAACUGUUUCUUCAACUGGCCACUGGAGCCAUUCCCAGGACCAGAAGAUAUGGACUACACAGUGAAGAUCAAGUUCAGCUGGCUGGGAUUUGACCACAAAAUUACAGGGAAACAGUUUUACAAGCAGGUGACCACAGUGGGACGUCGUCUGAGUGUGGGGAGCUCCAUGAAGAACCCCAAGGAGCUGGCAGCUCAAGAGGGAAACAAACUCUGUCUGUCAACAGUGGACCUGGAAGUGAAGUGUCAAGCAGAUGAUGCAGCAUCUCCGUCCUUUAUGCACAGUGUCUUCAGCCCAAUUUUGCUACUCAGCCUCAUCACCAUGUGCGUCACUCAGCUGCGGCUCAUUUUCUACAUGGGGGCCAUGAACAACAUCCUGGGAUUCCUUGUGGAGGGAGACCUGGAGACAGUGAUGGAUACAGUGAGUCUCUACACCUCCGUUUUUGGGGUGUUGCAGCUGCUCUGCCUGAUGACUGCCCCCAUGAUUGGAUACAUCAUGGACUGGAAGCUGAAGGAAUGUGAUGAUGAUUCAGAAGAGGCUGAUGAGAGUGAUGCUAAUCAAGAUGGUAAAAAAAAGAAAAAACGUGAUCGCCAGAUUCAGAAGAUUUCGAAUGCCACAAGAGCUUUUGUGUUCACCAACAUACUACUAGUUGGAUUUGGAAUUACCUGUCUCAUUCCUAACCUGCCUUUGCAGAUCCUUUCCUUCAUUUUGCACACAAUAGUGAGAGGAUUCAUCCACUCAGCGGUGGGAGGCCUCUAUGCAGCUGUAUACCCCUCAACGCAGUUUGGCAGCUUGACGGGACUGCAGUCUUUGGUCAGUGCCCUUUUUGCUCUUCUGCAGCAGCCCUUGUUCCUGGCAAUGAUGGGACCAUUGAAAGGAGACCCUCUUUGGGUGAACGUGGGGCUUCUUGGAGUGAGUAUGCUGGGCUUCUGCCUGCCGGUCUAUCUGAUCUGCUAUAAACGCAGGCUAGAAAGAGAGAAACAGCAGAGAAGUGAUGAUGCCAAACUCUUCCUCAAAAUCAAUGGCACUCCCAAUGAGGAAGCCUUUGUUUAA